AUGAGAAACCUGGCCAAGGAGAGUGAGAACAGCAGCAGCCGCCUCGAGGAGGAGAAAUUUCCAUCUGUCCGAAACCGGUUUGGCCAGUCAGGACUUCCCAUCGCUGAAGUAUUACGACGAGGUGGAUUAAGGACUGGAAAGCCACCAGCUACAGCUUCUGUCACUCAUCAGCGUCUCCACAACUACAUGGAUGCCCAAUACUAUGGGGAAAUCUGUCUUGGAACCCCCAAACAAUGCUUCAACGUUGUCUUUGAUACUGGCUCGUCCAACCUGUGGGUGCCUUCUUCCAAGUGUUGCCUGAUACAUUUGGCAUGCUGGGUACACAAGCAUUACCGUUCCCUAUUUUCCUGCACCCACAAGGCCGAUAAAAGUAAAUUUGAAAUUCAUUAUGGAAGCGGUAGUCUUAAAGGAUUCUUAAGCCAGGAUGUCCUCAGAAUUGGCAACCUCACCGUUAAGAACCAGACCUUUGCUGAGGCUACUGAUUUGCCAGGCUUGGUUUUUGUGGCUGCCAAAUUUGAUGGUAUCAUGGGAUUGGGUUAUCCCUCUAUCUCAGUAAACAACAUCACCCCACCCUUUGAUAACAUGAUGAAGGAGAAACUUCUGAAAAACAACGUCUUCUCAUUCCAACUUUGCAAUACCAACAAGACCUCACAACAAGACAAUGGAGGUGAAGUUAUUUUCGGAGGCAUCAACCACAACGCCUAUGUGGGAAAACUUCACUACAUCCCAGUGUCACGCAAAGCCUACUGGCAGAUCAAGAUGGACAAGAUAACCAUAAAGAAACAACAACCCAAGGAGAAGACAUGUUGGCCGUGGAAGCUGCUUGAAACAACCAAUUCAUCCACCCUCUGCAAGGACAGUUGUCAAGGCAUUGUGGACACUGGGACCUCUCUCAUUACGGGGCCAAGCGCAGACAUAAAGGCUCUGCAUGAAGUUAUUGGUGCUCAACAUGCUUUCGGUGGACAGUACAUAAUAGAUUGCGAGAAAAUACCUGAGAUGCCCAGUAUCACUUUUCAUCUGGAUGGCAAACCCUACACCCUGACCCCAGAAGAAUAUACUCUUCAGGUAAGACAGGCAAAGGUGACUGCUUGCAUCAGUGGAUUCAUGACCCUUGACAUCCCAAAGCCCACAGGACCACUCUGGAUCCUGGGAGAUGUUUUCCUCCGACGAUACUACUCAGUCUUUGACCGAGAUCAUGACCGAGUUGGCUUAGCUCUUUCUAAACAAUCUUCAUGUGGUUCUGAUGGAAAAGAUUAAACAUCACGGCUGCAGCAGAAAAUUCCACUUCCUGAAAAGUGGUCCGAAAAUAAAAGCUAUCAUUUGUUUCCUGUCAUUAAGAACUUAAGAAGCUCUGCAAGGAUUUAUUUUCUUACCAGUAUAAACAUGGUGUCUGCAUUUACCAUACUUUAUGGAAUAACUCCACUUUUAAAACACAAAAACAAGUUUCCAGUCAUGAAGAUGAUGAUGAAGAAGAAGAAGAACUGUUAUGUUUCCAGGCUCCAACCUGGAAAUUCUCCUAAUAAUUUCUAAUGUAUUUCUGAGUCCAGAAAUUAGCUGCCACUCCCUUUGCCUGUCUUCUCCUCCUCUACUUCUUUCUUCCUGACCUCCUGCUUUUUGUUUCUUGGACAACCUGAUGUUAUACAUGCCAGUUCAAUAGUAAUUCUGCAUAGUCUUACCCUCAAGUAAGCAAUCAUAGGAUUUCAGCCUAUAGAGUCCUUCUUCCUAUACUAGGGGUGUCAAAUUGGCGGCCCCUGGGGCAGUUGCAUUACAUGCAGGCCA